AUGAAAGUUUUGGUUGUGCCCUUGUUCGCUCUUUUGUAUUCUUUAGUUAAUGCUAUUGAAUUGCCAUUAACACCGAAAACUUGUCCAGAUGUUUGCGUCACUAAAUUUGAUGGGGCUGAAGAAGAUGCGUGUUCCAGGGGCUGUGUCCUCUCAAACUUGAAUUCAUUAUCAGCGGCAUUUACUUGUGAAGAAUCUUGUGAUGAUGCAUACAAGCCGGAUACAAAGUUAGUUGCUGCUUGCAAAGUAGGCUGUGGUGCGACACCGAGUCACACAUCUAUUCGACUUGGGUUUCUGCCUGUUCAAAACUUCUUUAGCAGUUUCUUCGACAGUAUUCGUCAUUUAUUGGGAGGCGUAAAUAACGGUUCGGGAGCCAAUGCGGAUACCAAAAGUAAUAAGGUAGACGGCGACAUGGAUUCAGAUUCUGGUAAUCAUGUGGUCAUAUCACGCGUUCGCAUUUUCCAUAACUUUGCCCCAUAUGACGCACAUGAAAGUCCACUGGAUUCACCAUUCGAUAUAAAACCACUUUUUAGUUUACGAGGAAUUAUUCCACAAGAUGAUGAUGCUUAUGUCAAAGCUGUAAAAAAUAGUGAUCAGAAUAUUAUUCGUAUACAUGCCGUCAGUGGUGAUGGUGAAUCAACCUUUCAUGAACACCAACCUACAUUUGUUAGAAAAGCUACUUACUUCUUCCGUCAUAUUAUGUUUCGACCACUUUUAUUACCAUUGCUUAUCGCAUUGCUGAUUGUGAUAUUAUUAUUAAUGGUGAAGUUAACUAUUCACGCUUGUCGCGUUCGUGAACAUCGGCAUAUAGAGUAUGCUCGUUUGCCAACGUAUAUUGAAGCAAUGAAUGUGAAGGUCCCAUUGUACGAAGAUGUGAUAAAAUUAAUGGCUAAAAGUAUUUACGAGUAUGUUCGAAAUUUCGAAACUGUAGACCCCUGUCUUCCUUCCACAUGGAUUGUUGUUCGUUUAGAUGGACAAAGUUUUCAUAAAUUUACAACAAAGCAUAAUUUUGACAAACCGAACGAUACACGUGGUUUAUUGUUGUCAGUACGUGGAGCAGAACGUGUUAUGCAGCAACAGAAAGAAAUUGUUCUGGCUUAUGGUCAAUCAGAUGAGUUUAGUUUCGUAUUUAAAAAAUGUACGGAAGUGUUUAAUCGGCGAGCAAGCAAAAUAUCCAGUACAGUUGUUUCGUUAUUCACAUCUUCAUAUGUUUUCGAAUGGCCAAAGUAUUUUCCUGAUACUCCGUUACUUUAUCCACCAGCGUUUGAUUCCCGAGUGAUACUUUAUCCAACGAAUAAAACUCUCAGGGAUUAUUUAAGUUGGCGUCAGGUUGAUUGUCACGUGAAUAAUCUGUAUAACACUUGUUUUUGGAAACUUGUUCAAAAUGCUGGUCUAAGUGGAACAGAGGCUGAAGAACGCCUAAGAUUUCAUCAUGACAAUCAGUGCACUUCAUUACUGAAAAUCAUCAUGUUAGUUUUGUGAUGAGUCACUUCAGGCAACUUGUUUUCUAUCCGAUAGAGCUAGUGAAUGAAUGUUUUUUGGUAAAAUGGAAGAUCGAAGUAUACUUGACUCAUGCUAAACGAUGUUCUAUCUUGAUAAUCUAUCGCUGUCUUUUUAUAAAAUUGAUGUAAAUCAUUCAUUGGAUGGCUUUAAUUCAUGAAAUGAUUGAAUAUCAUUACAAUCCAUAUGAAAACGGGUAAAAUCUCUAGUUUUUUUUAUUCAGUGUAAUAGUACUCUCAAUGCGUAUAAACUAGAAAUUCCAACAAUCUCCACAACCUUAUAUUAGUAAUUAUUAGUGUUGCUAUUAUUAUCAUGUUUUCUGACUUUCAGCCGAAAGUUUAUCGCUGGAUGUAUUUUCCUAACUGAUUUACUAUGUACCUAUUUGUAUAUUUGGCUUUGAACCACAUUCUUAGUAUGAUGAGGCCUAGUGAUAUUACCCGGCUGUCAAAAUUGAAGUAGAUGAGAGAGGCGAUACUUGAACUUGUAACCUGAUAUCUGAAAUUUAGAAAUUUUCACCUCAUAACCAAGGCAACAGGAAUCUAUAAUCAGAAUAGGGGUUUGUGGAGAUUUUAUUAAUGUUAAUAGUUGGAUUCAUGAGUCGAUUAAAUCUAGACUACGAUUGAAAGCACGGUAGCACUGGACGGCCAUUUCAUCCAAGUACGGAACUCCUCAGCAGCGCGCAUCCACGAUCCUGCACACGGGACUCAAACUCAAGACCUUCAGUUUACAAUCUCCACAAGCCCCCAUUCUGAUAAUAAUCAUCAUGUGCUCACUAGCGACUGGCUCCAAGAUGGAUUUCCUGGAGUCCUAAUGAGAAGCCUGGACCAUUGGAGUCCAACCGUGUCUGUUGUGAGGCAUUUACUCGCUAAAGACAAUGGUGUAUGGUUGUGCAAUAUCGUGGAUUGAUUGAAGUUAAACAUUAACACCAUUGAAUGCCGGCCAACUCAGUGGUCUAGAAGUUAAGCGUUGUCAUUCGAAACCAAAGAUCAUAGACGCGCAUUUUUGAGGAGUUCCAUACUAGGACGAUACGGCCAUCCGAUGCUUUCAGGUUUUCCAUGGUGGUCUAGCU